GCUGCUGCUGGGCGGCGGCGGCAGCGGCGGCCUGCUGGGCCUGGUGCUGCUGGUGGCCGGGCUGCUGGUGCAUCCACGACUGCUCCUGCUGGUUCGGAUGGCACUGGUGAUGCGCGUACAUGUUUGGAUUCGGUAGCAUGCUCGCCUGGUUGUGGAAGAUGUGGUUGUCCUCUGCGGCAAGCAGGUGGGGAGGGACAGGGCUGCCGUCGUUGUCGUUGUCGCGUCGGGCACGGUUGGCGAUGAUGCGGCGCAAGGGAGAAAUGAACAACCUUCCUUGCUUCGAUGCUUUGAUCAUUAUAACACCACAAACCCGAUAUCGCUCCAUGCUGAUGCAACAAUGUUGAAUCGGCCCACUCUCCCACUCGCCCAGCCAUCUUCCAACUCGGCUCGCCGACUGAUUAAAGUCGAAGCUCCUUGAGGAUGUGGCCCGCCAGGUUCUUGAAUUGCCAGGUGUUGCCCUCAAUCCUCUUGAACUGCAGCCCGUGCAGCGACAGGAGUG